UGUUGUCGCUUUAUUGAAUGGCCAUUGUUAUUUACUGUUCUGGUAAUGGUGUGUUGUGUUGAGUAGAGUGAGCGAGAGGAUACGAUUAUUAACUCCAGCUGAGGCAACAUGACAAUUGGAAAACUGAACAACCUGGUGGCCAAAUUAGAUCACAGAUGGAUUUCUUCAAUUUUGAAACAAGCUCUGAUGACAACUAUGGUUUCAAAGGUCCAUCUGUCCACAAUUCCACCAAAACCGGUCAUCCCCUCCAAGAAGCCUUUCAAAGUGGAUCUUGUUGGUGGAAAGCGUUACUCUUGGUGCACCUGUGGACACAGCAAGAAGCAGCCUUUCUGCGAUGGAACACACAAGACCAAAGCCCAGGGCCUGUCGCCACUACGGUUCGUCCCGGAGAAAGACACCACAGUUUGGCUGUGUGGCUGCAAAUACACAAACAACCGUCCAUACUGCGAUGGCACGCACAAGCAGGACUUCAUCAUAUCUGCGCCGCUGCAUGAACUAAACUAAUAGUUAAAAUGCAUCUUGCUUCUAAAGUGCCUUUUUGGCCAAACUUAAGUCUCCAAUUUCACUGGACAUUUAGAACAACGGUUAUAAAUGCAGAACAUACUGUAUGUACAUUUAUAUAAAUGUCAACGGUUUCAAUUUCAAUCUCCUACAUUGGCAAACCUCUAGACCAGUGGUUCUUAACCUUAUUAGAGGUACCGAACCCAACCAGUUCAUAUGCACAUUCAUCAAACCCUUCAUUACUGAAAAAU